GACGGAGCUCUUUUGACCCUACUAAGGGUGGGUUAUAUUCUCCCAUAAGGAUACAAGAGUCGGACUGCGGCACAGCGGCACAGCGGCGUGUGCCCGAGAUUAGUAGCCACUUUUUCCGCAAUGUCAACCUGUAGAAUUUGAAGUGAGAGAGGACUUUGAAGGAGGCAUAAAGAGAGACAGAGUAGAUUUCCCUAAUGCCAGCCUUCUGAACUCUGAUCCGAGUGAUCCCAGCUUUCUCUCUCUAGAUUUGCUCCAAAUUCUGAUUAUUUGGGAUAACACCCACAAAAUCGAGUGAAUAAUAAAACAUGGGUUUCAUCGAUUUCGUUACCUCCAUCGACUGGCAACGAGAAUCUGACCCUAGUUAUCAUGAUUUCAUUGUUCUUCCCCUUUUUGCUCUCUUCUUCCCUUCUGUUCGUUUUUUCUUGGAUAGAGUUGUUUUCGAGAAAAUAGGAAAAAGAUUGAUUUUUGGAAAGAAUUAUCAGAUGAAAGAUGGUGAUGUUGUUGGGAAAAAGAAGCUAAGAAAGUUCAAGGAAUCAGCUUGGAAAUGUGUGUACUAUCUGUCUGCAGAAAUUGUUGCUCUUUCUGUAACGUAUGAUGAGCCUUGGUUUACUCAGACAAAAUAUUUUUGGGUGGGGCCUGGUGAUCAGGUCUGGCCUGACCAGAAAAUGAAGAUGAAGUUGAAAGGCCUGUACAUGUAUACAGCUGGGUUCUAUACAUAUUCAAUCUUUGCACUUAUCUUUUGGGAAACAAGGCGUGUUGACUUUGGUGUUUCCAUGGGGCAUCAUGUUGUCACUGUCAUUCUUAUUGUUCUGUCUUAUAUCGCCAGAUUUGCUCGUGCUGGUUCAAUGAUUUUAGCUCUCCAUGAUGCUAGUGACGUUUUUCUCGAGGUUGGGAAGAUGUCGAAAUACAGUGGUUUUGAAGCACUAGCCAGCUUCUCUUUUAUCCUCUUUGUUAUAUCUUGGAUCCUGCUUCGCCUCACUUACUACCCAUUUUGGAUCCUUUGGAGUACAAGCUAUGAAGUUCUCCUGACAGUAGAUAAGGAGAAACAUCCUCUAGAGGGACCUAUCUAUUACUACUUGUUCAACACUCUACUGUACUGCUUGCUUGUUCUUCAUAUUUAUUGGUGGGUGCUAAUGUAUCGAAUGCUUGUGAAGCAAAUCCAAGCAAGAGGUCAGCUAAGUGACGAUGUUCGUUCAGAUUCUGAAGAUGAACAUGAAGAUUGAUCUUUUAGGGUUGAGACCUAACAAGAAGGGAAUCACGUUCUGCAGGAUUUGAUUUGAACCUACUACAUGGUUAUGGAAGCCACAUUCUACUUGAAUUUAAGACAGCAGAUGUAGCACGUACGUAUGAUGUAUUUCCUUUCCUUUUUCUCCUUUCCUCGGCCUUUUCUCUCCCUUUCUUGUGGAAUCUGGUCAAGGAUUGGCAUUUUAGCUGUUCACCGCCGUCUUACUCACCAUAAUCGAGGGCUUCUACAGUAAGCCUAUGGUUGUUUCUCUUCAGAGCAGCCUGCAGAUGUCAAUACUUAAAAUAGAUAGGAUGAUGCCCUCAAUUUUAUUAAAUUAUUUGAUGGGAAUUUUCUCUAGUUUUCAUUGCUAGAGAAUUUGUUAAGUGUACUAUUCUUUCAAAUCAUUUUUUUUGCUGAAGUUUCCUUUUCAUGUACAGAGAAUACUGAAGUUUCUGGCUAUAUGAUUUGUAUAUUAGACAGGAAACUAUAAUCAAUGUAACCCUUGGCGUAAAGAAAGUCUGAAACGAUGUACUCAGGGAAUUCUUUUCAUCAUUUAGGGUUUUCAAGAUACAACUUAUUUGUAUGUUUCAAACUUUAAGCAAUUCAUAGCAAAUCUUUCUUUUUCUU